GUGCCUUUCUUUUCUUCUAAUAACGGGAUGCGGGAUUUCAGGUUAACAAUAGUCGUGCUGGCAUGCAUACUGUUAAUAUGCGAAGCAGCUGAGUCCAUGAACUACGCUAACGAAAUGCCCAAGUGCGGUAUUACCUGUAUGGUACGAUUGAUCCCUUCUUCAACUUGCGCUUUGACGAAUACAACCUGCCUCUGUACGGAUACGGGUCUGGCUAAGGUUAUGCAAACCUGUAUUCUAUCGGAGUGUAUCCUUGAGGAUGCUUUGAGUGUUGCAAGAAUGUCGGAGACAGCCUGCGGCAGACCACGGCGGUACAAACGAGGCGGGGUAUGGGCAUUUAUUGCUGCAUCAAUAGUAUCCCUGUUAUGCAUUAUACUGCGCAUGUAUUCUCGAUGGAAAAUGAUGAAGCGGUACGAAGCCGACGACUUUGUCUUGGUGGUGGCUUUACCAUCUUAUCAAGUCAUGGCUGCUUUUCUAGCACUCGGCGUUGAUGUGUGGACACUGGGCAGCGACACGUUCACUACUGCAUUGAAGAUACAAUACUUUGACGAGUUCUUUUACAUUAUAAAUUUGGCCCUUACGAAACUGGUUCUUCUCUUUUUCUUUCUCCGAGUAUUCCCACAUCGACGGUUUCGCAUUGCCGUCUACAUAAUCAUGGGGUUCGUGGCCACGUCCACCACGAUUCUGCUCCUUCUUCAGAUAUUCCAAUGCCUGCCCAUUGAGUCCGUGUGGCUCGGUUGGAAAGGGAAUUAUGGUGAACAUCGAUGUCUCGAUAUCAACCUCAUCACAUUUUCUAUCGCUGCAUUGUCGAUCGCCCAGGAAGCCGUCAUACUCGUUCUUCCUCUCCCGCUACUUGCUGGACUUAACAUAAGCAGGGGCAAAAAGGUCGGCACUCUGUUACUAUUCAGCCUAGGCAUAUUCGUGCUUGUUACAAGCUGUAUCAGGUUGAAGUUUAUACAUGGCUGGGCCCACUCAACUAAUCCAACGUGGGAUUAUAUGGACGCCUUCAUAUGGUCUGGACUGGAAGUCGAUGUAUCCGUUAUUGUUGUUUGUAUACCUGCAAUACGGAUCCUCGUUGUCGCCACUUGGCCUAAGAUGUCACAUUGGGUUAUUGCAUCCAACCCGAGCGAACUGGAGAUGUUCAACCGCGGCCAGGAAAAAGAUUAG